AAGUUAUCAACUUUGUUUUAUUCACAGUGAUCUAUAAAAGAUAUAUAAUAAUAAUAUACAAAGAAACAGCUAUUUAUAUGAAUAAUAAUAAUAACCCUCAUCACGUAGACUAUACAUUAGACACUGCAUAGCCAUCAUACUUAGACUAUACAUAAAUAAUAAAAAUCUUACGUUACGGACGUUUUUUCUUGGUUAGGGUAUCCCUCCGCAUCGUCCCAUAAGGAACUUCGUUCCAAAAACCAUUAAAUUUUAAAACAAUCUCAAACAGCAUGACCGAUUGCUGUCAUGCGUGCACGCACCUUUACCGAUCAUCGUAUUUCCAGUCAGUCCAACAGCACCGUCAACGCGGACGGCCGCGAUUUCACGAACGCCGCCAACAAAUGUGUUUUUAGUGUCGCCAUUUUGUUUUAUCUGUCAAAUAUUUGAGGUUAUAUAUUCCGUGUUAGAUAUUAAAGUAUCUAAUUCCUAUAACCCUGACAAGAUGACGGUGCUUCUGCUACUUCUAUGUUUCACUUUCCUUCAGACGGCAACGGCAAAAGGCUCCGAAGCGGUAAUAGAAUGCACUCCCGAACUGAUGAAGGUCACCAUACCGAUGGACGGUGACCGUCAGGUGGCUUAUUUGGACCAAAUUAAAGAUUACAAGCCGUGCCGGCCUGAAUUCAACGGGAAGGUUGCCACGUUCAUAUUAGAUCUACAGGACCCACAUAAAUGUGGUGUCACCCGGGUGCUUAAUAAGAUAUCAGGCAGUCGAACGUUCUACCACAACAUAUUGAUUGAAGGUCUGAACGGGAACCGCGAGGCUAUCUCCGUCCGCUGCGUCUUAAGCGGGAAGCACCACAAUCUAACGAAGAGGGACUCCAGAGCAUUCCCUUUCGACUUCGACGAGCCCAACGUGCUGAACAUCACUCGUUAUGAAGAAGGGAAGGCACCAGAGCCGGUCUUGGGAGCCAUCGUCAAGCAAAACGGAAAGCAGGUAUCGGGCGAGAUCUCGGUCAGUCCAGGCACGCCGUUGUCCAUGGAGAUAUUCCUGAACAACGAGUCGGCCAGCGUCUAUGGCCUUCUGGUGAACUACAUGCACGUCACCGACACCGGGAAGCAGCAGGAAACCAUCAUUCUGAACGGAUGUUCCGUCGACCCGUAUCUGUUCGAGAACUUCGUCACCACCGACGGAGACACGCUGACGGCGAAGUUCAGAGCUUUCAAGUUCCCGGAUACCACAUACGUUCAGUUCAAGGGGACGGUGACGGUCUGCCUCAACGAGUGUCAAGGGGUGCAAUGCAGUAACGGCAUGAUUGGCUACGGCAGAAAACGCAGAUCGAUAGAAAACUCAGAAUCCAAUAAGCUGUACGAGGUAGCUCUGACUACGUUCAUUAAGGUCGAUUAUGCUAAUGGCGAAUCUAGGGAAGCUGAGGACGUAUUGAAUUUAUUGAAGAACUUGAAGAUCGCAAACCAGAGGCUGGGAGACCACGACGGUACACCGGCCACGGUCGCCGAGCAAACCCAGGACAACAAGCUAGUGCUGCACCCCCAAAUAUACGAGACGAUACGCGGCGGCAGUAGCGCUGCUAAAUAUAGCGCGCUUUUAACGCUACUCUGCUUCGUUAUAACCACAACGAUUCUAAAAUAAAUCUUUUGGUGUUUUAACUAAAAACGUUCUACAGAAAAUUAAUAAUUUAGCGUUAAAUUUAUGUGAAAUGCAAUAUAAAUUUGACAAUCAACUAAAAUUCAGUUUUCGAAAAAAACAAAAAAAAACAUACGUGUAUCACAUUAUGAGGUAAUCAUAAAUUAAUGGCUUUUGUUAGUAAAAAAAACAUUCUCAAAUAAACUUUAAGCGAAUUAAAACAUCUAUCAUCUUACUUACCAAAAUAACAUUAAAAAUAGCAUGCUAAAAAAACACAAUAGAAUUUACUUUUUUAAACGCGUGCUUUAUACAAUCUCAAAUUAUUUCUACGUGAUCAUGGUUUAACGAUUACGAAUUUAGUGUUUAAAAGAAGUGAUCUAAAAUUAGCAUAGCUUAAAUAAGUGCCUAAAAUAAUUUUAAUUAACUAUAAGUGAGUCGACUAUUAUCAAAGCCGGCAAUGUGACUUUUGGACAAUUAUUGGUAAAUCAGAAAAACGAAUUAUUGACUUUGUAUUCCAUUGGCAGUCACAAAACUCUUCUCAACGACAUCUUAGAUAAAUAGCAGGUUAACAUAUUAACCUUUAUUUAAUGCAGGUUUUGAACCGUAUUCUUUGAAGGAGACGAUUAUAUUCAAAUCAAUCUGUAUUGACAUAUCAAUAACAUUUUUUUGUCCAAAUGCACAGAUUGCCACCUUUGAUAAUAGACGACUCAAGUACGCUAGUCUUAAAAUAAUCAAAUGUACAAGAUGGAUGGGGAAAAAAACGCGCAUAGCUCCAUUGUUAUGAGAAGAGCAAAGGCCAGUUUCGUAAAUUGGGUUGUUAUAAUAAAAAAACAAUUGUAAAGUGAAUAGACGAUUUCAAUUCUUAUUCAUUACUAGCUGACCCGGCAGACUUCGUAGUGCCUCAAUCGAUAAAUAAAAGACCUAAGCUUUUGUAUAAAAUAAACUUAAAACAAACAAAACGAAUCCGACAGGGGACACAUUUUUUUUUUUUUUUUUUUUUAUUGCUUAGAUGUGUGGACGAGCUCAUAGUCCACCUGGUGUUAAGUGGUUACUGGAGCCCAUAGACAUCUACAACGUAAAUGCGCCACCCACCUUGAGAUAUAAGUUCUAAGGUCUCAUGUUUUAGUUACAACGGCUACCCCACCCUUCAAACCGAAACGCAUUACUGCUUCACGGCAGAAAUAGGCAGAGCGGUGGUACCCACCCGCGCGGACUCACCAGAGGUCCUACCACCAGUAAUUACGCAAAUUAUAAUUUUGCGGGUUUGAUUUUUAUUACACGAUGUUAUUCCUUCACCGUGGAAGUCAAUCGUGAACAUUUGUUGAGUACGUAUUUCAUUAGAAAAAUUGGUACCCGCCUGAGAUUCGAACACCGGUGCAUCGCUCAGCACGAAUGCAUCGGAGGUCUUAUCCGUUAGGCCACGACGACUUCAUCACAAGUCACACAUCAAAGGAAAAACAAAAUUUUCAUAUUUAUCUACCUUUUAAACCUUCUCUGGACUUCCACAAAUAAUUUAAAACCAAAAUUAGCCAAAUCGGUCCAGCCGUUGUCGAGUUUUAGCGAGACUAACGAACAGCAAUUCGUUUUUAUAUAUAGAGAUAACAACAUCACAUGUACAAAUGCGCAUGCUUAAAUUAAGCAUACUAAACAUACUAAAACUCAUCAUUUAUUAUAUCGAAUCUAGAAAAAUAACAAUCAAAACCAGUGAAAUCGAACCUAAAAUGUUUUCUACAGAACUACAGACAGCUAAGACAAUAGAUUUUACGCCCGUACAAACGAAAUAAGAUAAUAUAGAGGACCCCAAAUAUGUAAUACUUAACAUAAACUUAAUAAUAACGAUAAAAACAUACACAUAAAAAUGAACUAGUAAAAUAGAAAAAGUUAUAUUUGGUAUAAUUUAUUUCUAUUCUUGUAACAUUCCAUUCCCAUGACAUCAUUAAAAAGUGCAGCUAUCUUUUAUUAUUUUUGGGAGAAUUCACGGAAAGUAUUUUGUUUUUGAAAAUAUAUUUGGCCCUCCUGAUUUUGUAGUAAACUGUAUUAGCCUGCAAAGGUAUGUAGUUUGGACAUCCCUGAAUGAGAUAUAAAAUUAAAAUGGUGGUCCGAAAGGAUUGCGCUAAACACUAAAAUGGCUUAUUACUUUGUUUAUAUAACAUUUGACUUGAUUAUUUACGGCCUAGUACAAGCGAAUUAAACACGAUGUAAGCUUUUAAGCGCUUAUUAAUAAAGACGGUUCUAUCACCGUCAUCAUCAUGUUGAAAAAUGAAGAAAACCACAAUACUACAGAUCGAAAAAGAAGUUUCACUUCAUUCACGUGCACCAAGUUUUUUUUUAAUUAUAACUUUACUACCGUUUCAGCUUUCAAUUAUCUUUAGCCGCGUCAAUUAACACUAAGAUUCUGUCUUUGAUAGAAUUCAAAAUUAAUAUAUACUAGAGGUCCCGCAGUAGUCGAAAUUCGACUAUAAUUAAUUGGAAUUGUAAGUUUGUACACUAUUAUGAUGGUGUUUUAUACUUCUAUAAUCACAAAUUUCGCCACUAUAAAACAUUUUAACAAAGACAAACAAUAUUUAAUCUAUUCUCAAUUUGACAACAGACGUCAAGAACAAAAGUUUGACAAUAAAUAGUAUGCAUGCGUGUGUGCGUCAAAUACAUGGUAUGUAGUGUGUGUAAUGUUUUCUUUAUUGAUUUAAUGUAUCUUUUAUGCAUUAUUUUAAAAAAAUAUUAGCAUUGUGCACUUCUUCUCUAUUCUCUAUAAGUGUGCAAAAUUUCAUAGUCCUCCGUCCGCGCAAUUUUCGUAAAAAGGGAUACAAAGUUUUUGCUUCACGUAAUAAUAUAUAGAUGUUUUAAAUUAUAUCUACAAAAACAAGCAAUAGUUCUCGUCACUGUUUAGCGGACGUGCGAAUCUAAUCUAUUCGGUCAAUUGUCGUCACAAGUCACAAGUCAAUCAAGUAUAGGUAGGUAGGUACCACCGCCCCGCCUAUUUCCGCCGUGAAGCAGUAAUGCGUUUCGGUUUGAAGAGUGGGGCAGCCGUUGUAACUAUACUGAGAUCUUAUAUCUCAAGGUGGGUGGCGCAUUUACGUUGUAGAUGUCUAUGGGCUCCAGUAACCAUUUAACCCCAGGUGAGUUAUGAGCUCCUACACCCAUCUAAGCAAUAAAUCAAUAAAAAGUAUAUAAAAAGAUCAUUACGAUUAUAUAGCUACGUCUGAAAUCAUAUUUACUAAUGCAGAACUACCGUUAACUCAACAACAAGCUCGUCUUGAAUGAUUGUAUAUUAAUUUUACUUUCGUAAUUAUUAAUAAUAGGUUUAUUUUUUAAAAAGAGCAAUAAAUAUUAAUUUUUCUAAGAAAA